CUUGGCUUCCCCAUCAAAGCUGUUCAGUCAGAUUGGGGUGGGGAAUUUCGCCCAUAUAGCAAAUUUCUGGCUGACUUAGGGAUAGUUCACAGGGUUAUAUGCCCUCACACUCAUCACCAAAAUGGAGUGGUGGAAAGGAAGCAUAGGCAUAUUGUUGAUCUCGGCUUAACCCUUUUGAGCCAAGCCUCAUUACCUCUCAACUUCUGGGAUUAUGCCUUCACAACAGCUGUGUUUCUCAUCAACAGACUCCCAUCUUCAGCCAUCCAGUUUCAGGUUCCCUGUACUUUUCUGUUUCACAUUAUGCCUGAUUACAAGUUUUUGAAAGUGUUUGGUUGUGCCUGCUUCCCUCUCCUGAGACCUUAUCUUGCCCACAGACUUGAGUUCAGAUCACAGGAGUGUCUAUUUUUGGGUUAUUCUAAUUCCCACAAGGGCUACAAGUGUCUCUCUCCCAGUGGAAAAUUAUACAUCUCUAAAGAUGUUCUAUUCAAUGAGUCAAGAUUUUCUUACCUUGAGUUGUUUUCUCCCUCUGCCUCUUAUCUUUCUCACAUCAACAACUCUGUCAAACAACACUCAUCCUCACCUCUAUCCACUCUAUUUUCUAACAUUUCUCUUCCUAAACCUGUUCCUCUCACAGCAGUUCCCUUCUCCUCACCUAGUUCUGACACCUCAUCUCACUCCUCUCCCUCUCAAAGUCAGUCUGGUGGUGUCCCUCAAUCUGCUGCUGAAACUGAGACUCAAUCACCAUCCCCUUCACAUCCUACUCAAACCUUUGUAAUGACUGACAUAUGUCAAGUCUAA